AGCACAAGCAGGUCUGUUUGGAGCAAGCAAGCUAAGGAUGUGGUUUUGUGGCUUCCCCUGUUUUGGCCUGUUUUGUUUUUAGCGUCCUGUGUAAACCACUGCAAUGUUUUUGUCAGUAGAUAUAUCGUACGGUAUGCAUAGAUUUUUUUUAAAACUACUAAAAGACUGAGGACUUCCUCAAAAGUUUCAUAAGAGCUCAGUACAUCCAGGCUUGGACUUAUAUUUAGACAUCAAACAACUGGAUAGGAAGCACAAUGGAUGUGGGAAAAGUGAUCUACACGUUGGUGGAGGUGCUCAUUGCUGUUAGCUGCUGUCUUGGUAAUAUGUUGGUUAUUUUGGCACUGUGGACCAGAAAAAGCAUUCAACAACCUACGUUCUGCCUUAUUGUCUGUCUGGCUGUGGCUGACUUUAUGGUUGGCUGCGUGGCCAUACCAUUGGCUGUGGUGGUGGACGGACGAGUUAAGACUUCAUUCUACGGCUGUCUCUUCAUCAGCUGUGUGGUCAUCUUGUUGACCUUGGUCUCAGUUUUGUCUCUCGCGGCUAUUGCAGCAGACCGAUUCCUCCGGGUGUAUGUCCCUCUGAGGUACAAAAAGACUGUAACACAGAGACAUUCUUGGCUUGUGGUAGCAGCAUGUUGGCUUGUUGCAAUGCCACUGAGUUUUGCUCCCAUGUUUGGAUGGUCCGACCACAAAACCUUGUCUAACUCAGUCAACUCUACUAUUGUCUGCCAGUUUAUAUCAGUGAUCCCCAUGUCAUACCUGGUUUACUUCAACUUUUUUCUCUGCACCCUGACACCUCUGUUGUUGAUGACUUUAUUGUACGGGUAUGUCUUCUGUACUAUUCGAGGAAACCUUCGAGAGAAACCAGGCAACGGUUUCCAAAAACAGUCUCAGAACUACCUAAUGAAAGAGAAACAGCUGGCAACAUCUCUGUUUCUGGUCUUGGCUCUGUUUGCCCUGUCCUGGCUCCCUCUCCACAUAAUGAACUGCAUUGUUUACUUUGGUGGACCGAAUGAUGUACCAGUAACAGCUUUCUACAUUGGCAUCCUGCUUUCUCAUGCUAACUCAGCUGUAAACCCAGUUGUGUAUGCGUUCAAAAUACAAAAGAUCAAGACAGCAUACCUGAAGAUCUGGAGACGGUAUAUUGCAUGUGGAGAAGAAAAUCAAGGAUCUCAGACAAGCCAGACGACAGACAACAACCUCAGUAGUAACAUUAACAGUGUGGUCAAAAAUAAGUGAAAGGAGAUUUCCUUAUUUGUGUGCUUCUUUGUUCUUAAUGGCUAUAUGGCUUUGAAGGCACAUUGUUGAAUACAAAGAUUGAUACCAUUUCUUGGACUCAUAAGUAUGUAUUUUAUUUAGCUGUCUAACGUUUUUAUUUUAGAAAUUCAUUUGAAGGUCCUAUUUUUUUCUGUAGUUUCAGAUAUGUUAUUUGAUACAUUGUAUUUUUAUAGAUUAGUGGUUAGCUGUGUCAUAGUUGAGCCGUUGCUUUAUCACUUUUAAAAUCUCUGUACAACUAUAUUUAGCUUUGCAUAUUGUUCUGUAAAUAUAUUUUUGGUAGUGCUUAAUUCCUGUCUGCCAUAAACAUGUAUGUGUACAG